GAAUAAGAAUUUACAGUAUAUUCACACGGUACCGUGGAAACAGUCAUCACGCGUUCGCUUCGCUGGCUGUUGUUUUUCAGUUCUUUCAAAGUGGUUCUUACUGAAAUUCUUCGAAUUUUUAGAUGAACGUAUUAAUUGCCUCAUAAUUAUGGCACACAAUUUCCAAAUAACCAUACAUAGUAUUGAGCAGGCCGAAGAACUGUCUCGAAGGCUUCAAAGAUAUUUGACUAACGUAGAUAAAGAUUUCACCCCGGCGGCCUUUGAUUUCAGAUCAUCGAAGAGUGAAUCGGCCGAGAAGAAAGUUAGCCGCUUGCAGCGUGACGACAGCCCUUUCUGGUCGGAAAUCAGCGCCUUGCUUAACUUUCUGAUAUGCAAGGACAUCGAAGAAGAUGUGCUUACUGAAGAAUUAAGUGAAGAUGAUAAUAGAAUGCAACUCCAACACUACUUUAUACCUAAAUUAUCGGAGUAUUUAAUGGAUACACAUUUUGGGUUGAACUACUGUAGCCCAGUAGUUCUUGAGAUCCUGUUGAAGCUUGACCUUUUGCCAGGCGUUCUACAGCUUCUGAAAGUUAGGCCAUCACGUGCGGCCAUGGAAAGCUUUACAUCUGUUACCUGCAAAGGUGCUGACCAUUGGCUCAGCGUCCACUACCACUCCAUCAGGAUGUUCUGCUACUUGUUAAAUGCAUUCCAGUGCAAAGGCCGUGAAGAACCAAGAUCGAGACGCCCUCUUGUUAAACUCAUGGAGUAUAAUGGUGGUAUUCAAACACUGUUAAAAUGUGUUGAAAAUUGUAUAAAUCCCAAGGCAGACACUGCUUUUGUCAUUCCUGGUAUGUGUGCCCUUGGUGCCCUAUACGACAUGUUUGAUAUUGAGCCACGGAUUUUCGGCAAGCUGCUCACAACCGCGAAUGGAAUCCAUACUCUUGGUUAUCUCCUCUACAGAGAUAAUGCAUUGAAAGUAUUGAGUAGGAUCCUUAAACGUGACAAUCUCUACAAAUUUGAGGACUACGCUUUAAAGACUUCACCAUGGUAUAUAGUGCCACGUUCUGCAAGUGCCACAUCCGGGGAAGAUGUCGAAGAGCACUUUGAUGAGAUGUCAGCAAAGGAAAUUAUUUACCUAUGGGCUCAUUAUUUGCGACUAUACUCUGCAAGUAUUUUAGAAAUGACAAUAUGUGAUGAUGUUAGUGCCAAGAAAAUUGUAAUGGAAGAUAAAUUAUGCAUAAAAGCCAUUAUGGAUUGGUUUAAGUGCCCACAACUCCACCAGCGUGACCAGGUGACCAUCGAGUUCAUGGUCAAACUUGUCUUUUAUCUUGUUCAGUGUCGUGAUAUAGCACAGACAUUAGUUACAAAGUAUCACUUGUUAAAAGUUUUGGAGGCUGUAGUUUUCUAUCCCAAUGGUCCUGUCAUUAUUCAUAGUUAUUUGGAAAUCAUUGCAUGUUUGUUGAAUGAACCAUCAUUGAAGGAUAAAGUAGUUGAGAAAGAAAAUCUAGUGUUUGCUAUGAGUACUUACGCAUUUUCAAUUGAUGAGAAAGUACGUAAUAUGUCUUUGACAAAUCUUCUACGAAUGAGCAGAACAAACAAGGAGGGCAGCAAACAUCUAAUGAAACACUUUGGACCGCAUGAAAUAUAUGUUUACCGGGAAACAUUCAUCAAAACUAAACCAAAAUGGAAGAGUCUUCUGAAAGAUUACAGUUUUAAAUUACAGAUAACAACUGAUGAAAUAUUAGUGGACACUAAGACCUUGAAUCACUCACAGUCUGUUGCGUUGAAGGAAGAGGGCAAUAAAUGCUUUAAACAUGGUCAAUUUUCAAAGGCUAUAGAACUAUACAACCAUGCAAUACAUGUGUGUCCCUAUGUCAGGAUCAAUGCUGAUGAUAAGAAACGGAAACAUCCUUAUUUAUGGGAUAGUUUACGAGCGACGUUAUUUAACAAUCGGGCUCAGUGCUACAUGAAUCUUAAGAAGUACAACGAGGCACUAAAUGAUUGUAACACAGUGAUUGCCCUGUCUGGCCAUGAAGAAACCGAAGAAACUGGUGUAAUAAUGCUGAAGGGGUUAUACCGGAGAGCAAGAACUUUGUAUGAAUUGAAGUUUUAUCAUCGAUCUUUAGCAGAUAUAUCAAAGUGUCUACUGAUGGACAAAAAUGACAAAUUUAAAGAUUUUAUGGGAAAAGUAUUGAUACGAUAUCGCAAACGUUAUGGCACAGAGACGUUACUAUGUUGUGAUGAGUGUGGCGAGAGUAAAGUAAACAAGACUUUGCGACGCUGCAAGAGAUGCACAGCAGCAUACUGUAGCCGCGUGUGCCAGGCGAAAGCCUGGGGGAAAUUCCACAAAGCCAAUUGUGAGGAAUUUAACCAAGAAUAUCCAGAAUUUGGAAAAUAAAUAUCAAUCUUUAUUUGCAAAUUAACUAAUCUUUCAUUGAUUUUUUUGUUAUUAAUGUAGCAGUAAGACAAGUAUAUAUAGUCAUGCAUCAGUACACAUUGCAGAUACUGUACCUGCUUCAUUGCAUUGUUGAAAAAUCAACAGCCAAUAUUUAAUAAAGGCAGAAGUGUUUUA